CGAACUGCGAAGGGGUUCCUUAGACGCACUUACACUGCCUGAGAGAUUGUCAAGGGGUGAAGAUGAUUUGGAGCAAAGUGGUUCCCAGUUCUUGCCAUACAGCCUUUUUCAAUUAUAGCUUUGAAGAUUGGAUUUCCGCUAAUAUUGCAGAUGACUCUCUCGGUAAUUGGAAAGGAAGCUGGGCGGCUUACUUCUGUUUGGUGAUGAGGUACGUUUGGAAGACUCGCAAUGACAAGGCCUUUAACGGCGUUCACAUUGCCAUGUCAACACGUCAGAACUACAUCACUGCCAAGGCUACCGAGUGGGUGAAAGUCUGGGAAUCAGCGAACUCAAACCUUGAACUCUGCUCCAAGCCAACAAAGGUCGAAACUCUGAUAGGCUGGACGGCGCCGACUACCGGCUGGUGGAAAGUGAACACGGAUGGUGGUGCCCAAAGCAAUCCUGGUAUGGCCACUGCAGGGGGAGUCAUUCGCAAUUGUUAUGGGGAUUGGAUAGGCGGUUUUUGCAGCAAGUUUGGAACCGGUUCGGCACUGCUAGCUGAGUUGUGGGGAAUCAUGCAAGGACUGAAUUUGGCGUGGCGAAAGGGAGCUCAAUUCCUUAUUCUGGAGUCGGAUUCUCAGUUAGCUCUUGACUUGAUCAAGCAACGUACGGAUUCUGUUCAUCCUUAUUCGACGAUACUUGGAUCUAUUCGUCGUUUGAUAGCUCAAAGUUGGGUGGUUCAACUAGUUCAUACGUACAGGGAAGGGAAUAUAGUCGCGGACUGGCUCUCGAAGCACAGUCUCGUCUAUCCCUUCGGUACGUAUGAGUUGGAAGAGCCUCCGACUUAGUUAAGUAGAAUUCUUCAAGGAGACAUUCAGGGGGUCUGCUUCCCAAGACAGGUGGUGGAGAAUGAAUAGCUUCAUUCCAUGACUUCCGUUUUGGCUUCUGGUCUUCCUGUUCAGGUGCUUUGUUUGGAAUUUUUUAUCUGCGGGCGCUGUUUUGUUUGUUGCUGUGUUGGGAUUAGUGCUUAAAAUUAAGAUGUACUUAAAAUUACUUAAAAUUAGGGAUUAGUGCUUAUAGAUGUAGUCGAACUUCUUAUGAUUUCCAGUACUUUCCACCAUAUACCAUUAUUGCAUUAGAAUAAGAUUGGUCUGAACAG